CGAAACGACGACGUUCCGCGUUCGGAGUCUGGAUCACCUCCGCUGGUGGGGAAUCGUCGUCUCAUUUACGUAGAGUGCAUUAGAAUGCUUAAUAAUCGGAACGUCGAGCGAGGUAGGUGGUGGUGGCUUGACCGACUUUUAAAGAAACCUUUGGGGGGAGUUGGGCGGCAACUUCAGUUAGACAUUGGCCUCCGUAAGACGAAGAGUCGGAAAAAAGAGCGGAAGGGUGCGACGAGGAGAGACGUUUUUUUUCGAAGGAUCGAUCGGCUUCUAUCAUUUUUACCUUGGAUUUCGUACGUCGACGCACAGAGGGAAGAAAACGAGAUGCGGCUGUCGGUGGUUUUCGAGCUGUUGCUGAUCCUGUUGUUGAUCGCGUUCGCCGCCUACGGCAGAGUUAUCGAUCGUAAUCGAACCGAGCAGCGAGCCAUCGCGAACGAUGGUUCGAAACAGAGCAACGUUGGUAUAUCGACGCUGUCGUUGAAACAAGCGACCGAUAACGUCAACAGAUAUUGCACUUGCAACGAGAACAUAUGCAACUGUUGCCGGGACUUCCAUAUACCGUUGGUGCAGUUGCAGGGACCAGGAUGCGCGUCCUUGCAGUAUCUCCAAGGGGACAAUUUGGCGGUGCAGCUUAGCUUCGGUGACAACAUUUUGACCAGCACCAUCGUAAAUGGUAAGAGCCCGAGACCCGUGUGCGUCCCGUUACCUGGAGGAUUCACGAAAUUCUGCGGCAGAAUCUACUCGAUCCAACGCGAAGCCAAGAACCACUUCAAGGCGUGCCUCGGGUUGGAGCUGCAGUCGUCGACGGAACUGGAAGCUAGUCUACGAGUCAGCUGUUUCAGAUUUGGUCCCGAUGGCCUGAAACUGCGCCCGGCAGAGCCGCUGCCGGUGGUGGAAACAGAAACGCCGGACGAAGAUGACGACGACGACUUCUUCGGCCUGGGUUCCGACGAGGACGACGACGACGACGACGACGAAGACAACGAUGCCGGUGACCCUGCGGAGGUUUCUCCGCUGACCAAUUCUGUACCGAAUUCGUCGGCCGAGGACGAAGACGACGAGGACGACGACGAUGUUCUUGGAUUCGGAGCUUUGUUGGACAUCAUCACCGGCGACGAUGAAACUACAACGAAGAAGCCGAAGGUCACCACAGCCGCGCCUCUCCUUCAAUUCACGAUCCCGCUUCUGACAAAGCCUACACCCGCGGCACCCUCGGGCGCUGACCAAGCGCCAACCGCUGGGGAUAGCGCAGGAGACAGCAGCGAGGACAACCUGUACAUUCCGGUCCAGAAUGUUCAGGUGCAGGACACUGUCGCAGAGGACUCGGGCGAGUUCAGCGUUACCGAACCGGUGAACCUGUCCGAAGAGAUUGUCACAGAGCCGUCGAACAAAGUGGUAGCGUACACGAAGCCCGGAAAAUUUCCGUCGAAGAAGGCGACGGUGGUACCGGAAGCGAACAAAAAGCCUAGUCUCGCUAGCACCAGUAUCAACGCGAUCGAGAACGAGACCGACAAGAAGAAGAAAAAGAAACCGUUGAAAGGUGGCGACGACGACGACGACGACGAUAUCUUGGACGACGACGACGACGACGACGAAGAAGAAGAAGAACUCUUGGGUGCUGACGACGAUGAGAAAGAUAGCGAGGAGGAAGACGACGACGAAGACGAGAAAGGGGAAGGAUCCGAGCAAGAGUACGGAGAAGACGAAGACGAGAAAGCCGAGGACCUGGAGGAUCUAGACGAUGACGACGACGACGAGGAGGCGGAGGACGCUGUGAUCAGUGCGCUCGUUUACGAUGACAAGGAAGACGCGAAGAAAAGGAAGGUGAAGAAGUCUCACGAGUCCUCCGAAGCAGACGACGACGACUACGAGCUUGGUCUCAGCGGACUUUUGGCGAGGAGUAGGCAUUCGAGAAGCGGCCGGCAGAGCAACGUCGUGAGGCUUUGAAUUCACAAAUGUCGUGCCAGUAAUUCGAUAAUUCAACAUCCAAUCGAUCGGGCGAUUCGACAGGAUUCUCGUCAUGGAGGAACUUUGUCGAGCAAACGGGUCGCACCGUUGGCUAGGUUAAGAAAUAUUCGAGACUGAUGAAUUCUUUCUUUGUUCUUUUUCCUUUGUUUUUCUUUUUUUUUGGUAAAUGAGAUUCCCGACAAGUACGGAGAGAACGUUGAAAAGAUCGUUACAAAGACGGGAAUCGAACACGAACACGAUCAGACGGUUGCGAACAUCGUCCACAACUCUAGCCAUAUCGAAUCGAUCGUUUAGUAUGCGUAUUUUAUUAUUUAAGACAUGCACGUAUUUUUUUAUAUGUACUUAUUUAAUUAAUUUAUUGAAACUCCAAUUAAAUGAAUUUAAUAAAAGUGUAUAGUUUUACAUAGUUUA